AUUUCUCUUCCAAACUACCAGCUUUGUGCACAUAGCCAAACUAUGAGGCAGAACAUUACCCGUGUCGCGAUUUAUUUCUAGUAUACGCCCAGCUGCGACUCGUUCAACCCAACUGUUUCCUUACCAUCUCUAUAUCUUAUUGGCUACGACUGGGAAUGAUAGUACAGCCCUCUACGGGUAUCCCGAUGCUUCGUACGGUUAAUUAGAACGGUCGACAAAUCGCGUAAUCGUAUCGAAGGGCGACUUGUAGGUCGAUGUAGACGUACUCUGGAGUCACCGUCCCAUUUGCAUCGAUACCAUUCCACAAUGCUUACCUCAGUCUGCGAACCACUUGGAAACCAGAUUCUUUUCCGCAACGCGAGGGUAGAUCAAUCAGGUCGCGCCCAGUAGCUGUUGUUGGUCCCAGUUGGCAGUAUCGUCGAAUGGAACAAAGUACGUUGUAAUUUUCAUUAUCGGAAUCACGAUUGCAGUCCUCGAUCAUGUUUGACGCUCAUUUGUCGAGUUUCCUAGCAAACACAGAAAAAAUCAGGAUCUUGAGUAUUACCGGAUGAACUCGACCCUUUACACCAAUGGUCCAAGUCGGGCAAUACUUUCAUUUAUGAAACAUUCCACUCGUUCUUCCUCCAGAAUGGAAGUCUUUGUUACUUAGUUGCUGAGGGCUAUACCACCACUAGGUAUAAGAAAUCCAGCCAAGAACUUCCUCUCGAAUGACCAGAGGAACCGCUUGUUUGAAUUGUUGGCGGCGGAAAGUGAAAUGUGACGGACUCCGCCCCACCUGUGGACCGUGCAGUAAAUCAUCGACAUUAAACGAUUGUGAAUAUCUCGAAGCCGGCCUUCCCGAAUCCCAGCUCCUCCAAGAGAAGAUAUCCAUUCUUGAGAACCGAAUACAAGAGCUCCAGACGUCUGGACACGGAGCUUCCUCUUCGACUGUCCAGUUGCAUCACCCUUAUUCAAAUCAAUUCGAGCAAUCUAGCUCACGGGGACCAGAGGUCAACUCGAGCUUUCUUCGAGAGUUUCAGGCCGCUUCACCCGAUCGACGUCGCAUGAUUAUCAUGCCUUUUCUCUCCCAUGCAUCCGAACUCGGAUUCUUUCUAGAUAUCUCCCUUUUCUCGUCGGGUGUGGAGACAGGGUCCUGUUAUCCUUCGCCUUCGCUCCUAAGCGCGGUUUUACUGUUAGCUGACUAUGUAUCACAUGGAGGGGGCGCGAACGAGGCCGACUUUCUAGCACUCGCUGUCCAAUCCACGUCUCGAGGAUUGACCGAUAGUCACCCGAAAAUGAUCUUGCAUACAAUCCAAGCGAACAUUCUCCUGGCCCACUACUUUCAAUUAAAAGGGAAGUCCGUAGAGGGUCAGUAUUAUACGAGCACCGCGGUUUCUCUCAUUUUGGGGACUGGACUUCAUCGGAUUCGCUCUUCGGAUCCAGGAUCGAUGUCUGGCUCCCAUUUGCCUAGGCCUAAGGAUGCUCUAGAAGAAGGCGAAAGGAUUAACGCGGUUUGGGCAGUGGUCGCGUUGAAUAGCUUCUGGUCCGCGGCGGGACGUUACCCGUCUAACAUCGACCAUCAAUUGCCUGCCAGCAGAGUUGAUGCACCCUGGCCUCUCGAAACGCCCGGAUAUAUUUCUGAACCUUUGCCACAUAACCUGAGGAGUAGUCAUACCAUCCUAAACUUCUUGUCCAAUGUUCCGGAUGGUGCAUAUUCCCUCCCGGCGUUAUACUCCAAGGCUUGUUUGUUGUUUGAGCAAGCAUCAAUUCUGAACUAUCAGUACAGUCCAAACAUGCCUACUAGGGAAGAAGGGCGUCAAUUUUCGCGGUCUUGUGAUCAACUAAGUGCAGUGCUCAAGAGAUUCAACGCGGAGCUCCCCUCUCCAAGUACCGCUACCACCGUUCCGGCUCAGCGGCGUCUACUUGUCAUCUAUACUCUCUCGCACGUCGCGGUGAUUCAACUCCAUUACGCGUUCGUCGGGCAAAAUGCGGAUUCUCGACGUCAAGUCUUGUCGACUGCGAAUUCCAUCGUCAAGUGCCUGAAAAGCAUCGGUUUGCAGCAUUUUAACGGGGUAAUUGAUCCCGUCUUUGCGGUACUUCUGAAGAUUGUCGGGAAAGUAUUCAUAGCAGAACUUGCGUCCUCGGCUCCAUCGGUUGACCCGAGGCUCCUAGCCUCUUCUGUUGAACUUGUGAUGAAGGCGAUGUCCAUCUUGGGGGGACCUGGUUCGUUUAUGAGCUCCCAGGCUACGGUCCUUCAAGGCAAGUAUACAGGCAUUAAGAGAUGAUGACACCUUUCCGCGAUCGGCUUUUUUCUUUGGCUGUUCAAUGUUAUUAUGUAUUGUUAAAUUAUGCUACUUUAUAUUCGAACUUGUUGGUAAUUAAUUCCUGUCGUAAUUUUUAUCUUUAUUUUACUACCCUC